AUGGACUCCAAAGUGAGCCAACGAGCCGCUGCGGACCUGAACCCUCCGGGUGUACCCAACUCCUUUCGCCGUGCGAAGAACCAGCAGAACAUCGCCUGUGUCUUGCUCCGGCGCGAGUUCGGUGGCGCUAGACGACAGAAGACGGUGCGAGCGGUCGGAGAAGAUCGGGAGGAAAACUUUUGGGCCGAAGGUGAAAGCGCUUUCAAGCAUCAGAGUCGGUACUUUGAGUUACCGCAGACGACUAAGUCCACGAUUUCUAUCGCUAUCAGUCCGGACGGCAAAACGUUUGCUUCGACGCAUGGAGAUCACACCGUGAAGAUUAUAUGCAUUGAAACGGGCAAAGUCAUUCAGACGUUAGUUGGCCACCCGCGAACUCCGUGGAGCGUGAAGUUUCACCCCACGGAUCCACGCUAUGUGGCUUCAGGUUGUCUGGGAUUUCAAGUCCGGUUCUGGGAUAUUGAGACCGGUCGCUGCCUCUAUGUCAAUCGCAAGUGGAACGUGCGUGUACACGUGGGAUUACCAGCAUACUUGCCCACGUAUUGCAAUGUUUAG